AUGGGCGUGCUCAGGGAGACGGGACAUGGUCCCAAGCAUGCUCCCAUACCUCCACCCCCACACCCCACAUACGAUCUGGAUCAGAUCGUGAGGCUGGCGUUGGAAGAGGACUCCGCAGGCAUUGGGGAUGUCACCACGCUCUCAACGAUCCCAGCAGACACCCAGGCUGUCGCAAGCUUCCUAGCAAAGGCUGAUGGCAUCCUGGCUGGCCUUGCUGUGGCAGACAAGGUGUGCGCAGCAGUGGACCCAGGACUGGAGGUGACCUGGACGCACAAGGACGGGGACUUUGUGGUGAAGGGGACGAUCUUUGGAGGCGUCCGCGGCGCGGCGCGCAGCAUCCUGGUGGCAGAGCGAGUGGCGCUCAACUUCCUGCAGCGCAUGUCGGGGAUUGCCACUGCCGCCCGCGCCAUGGUGGCCGCCGGCCACGCAGCGCGCAUUCUGGAGACGCGCAAGACGGUGCCGGGGCUGCGGCUGCUGGACAAGUGGGCGGUGCUGAUCGGCGGCGGCGUGAACCACCGCAUAGGCCUCUACGACAUGGUCAUGAUCAAGAACAACCACAUCUCCGCCGCCGGCUCCGUCAACGCCGCCGUGCACCGCACCCUGGAGUACACGAGGGAGCGGGGGCUGCGGGUGCCAAUAGAGGUGGAGGCCAGGACGCUGCAGGAGGUGCAUGAGGUCCUGGCAGUGCUGGAAGCGGACCCUGGCUGCAUAGACCGCAUCAUGCUCGACAACAUGACCCGCCUGGACCCCACGCUGCCAGAUGGAGUGGAUGUACAGAUGCUGCAGAGUGCCAUGGACCUUGUUAAGGGGCACACGAUAGAAACAGAGGCGAGCGGGAAUGUGUCGAUAGAGACUGUGCGGCGAAUAGCAUCGACGGGGGUUGGAUUCAUUUCGUGCGGCGCCCUCACACAUUCUGUUACUGCACUGGAUAUCUCGCUGCGCAUACAUGACACUUGA